AGCAUGAGUAUACAUUGCGAGGAGAUAAUUUCAGGUUCUGUAGUGUGAGUUCAUCAUUCAAACUGACCACUAGUAGCUUGGACAAGAACAGCAUUGCAUUGCAGUGGGUCUCGGGAGCUCAUCAAUUCCGUCAACACAAACUCAACAUCACUACUUGGUAACCUUCAAUCCCUACAAUAAGUUUGAAGGACGACUCGAGAAAACUUGUUCCAAUUUCAAGCAAAGUAUAGGAGACUAGUACUGUGAACCUGGAUCCAAGUUCUAUUUCAAAGGAAAUAGUCUCCUGCCCACCAUGGCAACCCCUCCCAUCGUCAUCGCGACGGUGCAAACAGCCAUCAUCAAUGCCCUCUCGGCCAUCCUUGCCCAGAUCAUCAAGGCUCAACAAAACAAUGUAAGACUCUCCUCGUCCUUACCUUCAUAUCCCAAACUCAAACAAAAAAAGCAACCCAUAACCCUCAACCUAAUCCCCGCCUUCCAAUUCCUCCUCUUCGGGCUGGUCUCCACGCCGCCCAAUUUCCUCUGGCAGGAAUUCCUCGAGUCGACCUUCCCCGCGUACCACAUGGCUCCCACCAAGGAGGCCCUGGCAUCGGCCGCCGCGGGCAACGACAAGGAGCUCGACGACGAGGCCGCCGCGGGGAGGCUGGUCGAGCCCGUGCUCAGCAAGCGCAACACGCUCGCCAAGACCCUGCUGGACCAGACGGUCGGCGCCGUGCUCAACACGCUGCUGUACAGUUGUUUUAUGCAUGGUAUCCAGAUGGCCAUGGCCCAUCAUGGCCAGCAGCAUGGUGCUGCUGCUGCUGCUGCUAGCGGCGGGGCCGGGUUUGGAGGGCUUGGGCUGCUGUUGCAGAACCCCUGGGGUGCUGUGAGGUACGACACCGUGGACUGGGCGGUUGUCUGGGAGAAGGCCAAGGAUGAGUUGUGGCCGAUUUUGGUUGCGGGAUGGAGGUUCUGGCCGCUCGUGAGUGUGGUGAAUUAUGUGUUUUUGACGAGUGUCACGUCGAGGACUUUGGUGGGGAGUUUGGCUGGGUUGGGCUGGGGGGUGUAUCUCAGUUUGUCGUCGGCAAACUGAUCAGAGGAAGAUGGUUGAAUGUAUCCUCUGGAUGAUAGACGAUUGUUUCAUAUGAGUACGUAUCAUGAAGAGACGACAUGAUAGUGGAACUGGCAUAUACAUGGAACUUACUAAUACCGGA